AUGUUUUAUUCGCAGACUUAUUUGGGUCGAAAGGCUCCAUUGGGGACGGUGUGGAGCGCCGCUCAUUUGCAACAUCGCCUCAAGAAGUCUGAUUACACCGCCACGGACAUCCCCAAAAUAGUUUAUCAUAUAAUGUUUCCUGAGGUACCAAUGGCGUUGAGAAUAUCAAGUUACCUUCUACUUGGGGUUGUGCGGAUAUACUCGAAGAAAGUCGAUUAUAUAUUACAUGACUAUAAUCUUAAGAGAACUUGGUUGGCUAAGGCUCUCGUUUCUAGUGAAGUCGACUUGCAAGAGGAUGCGAGACAGGCGCCUGUUGAGUCGGUGACUUUGCCUCAAGCACUAAACUUGGAAGAUUUCGACUUGGAGGAUGAUGACACACUCGACAUGGAAUUUGAUAAUAAUCUUCGGUGUGAGGAAGAUAUCACUCUUACAGAUCAAAUUCCUACUGGCAUUGAUCCUUAUGUUGCUAUUAUUUUCGACGAGGACAUUAUUCCUGAAUCUAGCCCCAUGGAUGUCGACCAAUCCACCUUACCUGCAAGUGAAUAUCCUGGAGAAACUGAUGUUGAAAUGGCUUAUGAGGUAGAACCAAACAAUGUGCGUGGAGGCUCCAAUGUUGGUCUAGAUACUGAAACCUACAGUCCUCGUAACGAGACAGAGGAAAUCCUUGAGUUCCAGGAUCCUAGACCAAUUAACUUGAUGGAAGAGCUCAAUCCCAAUUCUCCUGGAAGUGUUCCCGAGAUUGAGAAACGGCGUGAUGCUGCUCACAGUUUAAGCCCUGUGUCCCACCAACACAAUAUCAGAGUUGAACACACUGAACCUUUAGAUGAUACUCUGAAUGAGAAGGAAACCACUUUCCCUAAUAUUGAUGAAGAAGAAUUAAGUUCUAGAGGGCAUUCGAUGUUUGACCUUCGCUCAGGAUCUCCAAGUUUUGCUCAUUCUGAGGAAGAACAUGCAAAUUUUGCGCAUUCAUCACCUCAGCUGGCUCUUCAGCCAACUCCUCCUCGCCCAACACAACCAAGGCCAAGGAAGAGGAAGCGUUUUGACAAUAAGGCCAUAGUAUUAUCUAACAAGGUCAUGAAAAUAAGGCUUGAGGAUGCUAGUGAUCUUCUUCGUAAGAGAAAGAAGUUGCCUUUAUCUAGAGUAGGUCUUUGGAGACUGAAUAACCAGUCAAAGAAGGAUCAAAUCUUCAGUGAACCCUUGUUUACUGGCUUCUCAAAUGUUUUACGCAGUGUGUUUGCAAAGGACUGUGUGGCUUCAAAGCCAUAUCUUGCUGUUUCUGUUUCUGAAGAAACAUUGCCAGAACCUGAAUCUGUCUCAUCUGAGCCAGAAAUGAACCCGGCCUCUCCAGUUCCACAAUCUCCUGUUCCUGAUACUACUAAUGAUCCAGACAGUACAUUACAUCUGUCUCCAGGUCGGCAAACUGAAGAUAUCCAAGACUAUGCAGUUCCUCAAUCCGUGCGUGCAGAGUCUGUAGCAAGAGAAGCACAAUCUCCUCAGACAUUUAAUAACGAUGACGUAGAAAUUGAGCGUUUGAGGGAUGGUGGUUUCCCUAAUUACAUGAUGUCAACACCACCAAGAUCUUCACCUUAUAGAACCAAUGACUUCACCAGUCAGCGUGGAAAUUCUGAGACAGGAGAGUAUAGAACAGAGCCUUCACAUGCCACAAAUCAAAAUGAUCUUUCUGGAUCAAGAAACUUAGGGAUUCCAGCUAUUCCUGAAAUGAACGACCAGGAGUUUUAUUUUCCGGAUUCGAGUGGAAAUACCCCGGUAAGAUCAUCAGCUAGUCAAGAUCCUGAUGCGUUGCCAGAGAGAACAAGAGCCGUGGCUCAGGAUCUUAAAGAACGUUUUCUAAGUAGUCCCGCUUCAGAGUAUCCUUCUGGAGAUCUAAGCUUGAGCAAGAUCUUGGCAGGAAAGACAAGAAAGCUAGCUGCUCAAAUGUUCUACGAGACACUGGUAUUGAAGUCUAGAGGUCUUAUAGAUGUGCAACAAGACCAACCCUACAGCGAUGUCGCUCUGAAGUUGAUGCCUUCCCUUUUCUCAAAGGUUCAACUAUGA